ACAAAAUCAUUCGAGCAAGACUCUAAAAGCAACAACAAAACAAACAAACAAUCAACCAACACACCAAUCGAUAGACCAACUAAUCAUGACAUCCAUCCACAACGAAAGCAACGUCGCCGCCAAUGGACGCAAGGUGACCUUUGCUGACCCAGAAGUCACCAUGGAGAAGACCAAAACUUCCACUGCCUUUAAUUCAGCUAUUGAAAAGUUUGGAGGCGGUAAGAGUCUUGUUCAGCAACGCAAGGAAAAGUUGGAAAAGGCAUUGGGGAAGAAGAGCCUGAUUGAACUACGCAAGGAGAAGCUCGAGGAUAUUUGGGCCGCUGAACGUGCCAUCAAGAUGGUCAAGCGAAACAAGUGGAAGGUCGGCGGUUCCGGUUACGGCAGUGGCGUCUACAAGAAGCGUGUUGUGUUGGACUACCAAAACCACAAGGACAAGCAGAGUGAAGUCGCUACUUCCAAGAAGCGCUAUGAGUUGGCCUAAAUGCACAGAUGGGGUGUUGUUGAUUCAUUAUUAUUCUUGGUUUCAUCAUUCAACACAGACUUAAAAUCCUUGAGCGGACCGCAAUCAACAUAAAUAAUCGAUACUACUAGAAUUGGAUG